GUUCUAGGUUAUGGUACAAACAGUUUAUCCGGAAUGACAAAAGCAUCAUUAGAUCCACAUGGACAUUUACGUCAACCAGAUCCUUACCAGAUGUUUGGACCGACGAGCAGCAGACUAGCUAGUUCAGGCUCCGGGCAGAUACAGCUGUGGCAGUUCCUCUUGGAAUUGCUGAGCGACUCCUCGAAUGCAGCGUGCAUCACAUGGGAAGGCACGAACGGUGAAUUCAAGCUCACCGAUCCCGACGAAGUCGCACGCAGAUGGGGCGAAAGGAAGUCCAAGCCCAACAUGAAUUACGAUAAACUCUCAAGAGCUCUGAGGUACUACUACGACAAGAACAUAAUGACCAAAGUCCAUGGAAAGAGGUACGCGUACAAGUUUGAUUUUCAAGGAUUGGCAGCAGCCACGCAGCCGGCUACCAGUGACCCAGGCAGCUACAAGUACCAGAGCGAGUUGUUCAUGAGCUCGUACCAUCACAGCGCGAAGCUUGGCGGAUUCAUGAGCCCUCACGCUACCAUUCCCAGCUCUGCAGCUUCGAUAUUUCCAUCUCCUGGAUCAUACUGGAGCAAUCCGAGCGCGAAUCUGUACUCGAACAUAGCGGCAAGUACACACUCGAUAGGCCAUCACGCGGCCCCCCAUUUGGGAGCGCCCCCCUUGGGGUCGUACCCCCAUUACGCCUGACCUGCCCCGUCGUCGUCGCCAACUGCAGACUGGACCCGAAGGAUCCCCAUGUAAAAUGUAACGAAUCCUCGGCGAACAGCGUUAAAAGAAAAUAAUUUACGAGAGAACAGAAAGAAAAAAAAAAGUUUCGCGUGCGGCGACAGAGCGCCCCCCCUUCCUCAUCAUUUCGUAAUACAUUUACGUUAAAACUCUUAUUUUCGGUUUGUUCCCUUGUUGUUCCCGUUAAUUUUACGUUCUAGAAUAGCGUGAUGUCUAUAAAUGUAUAUAAGAAAUGAUUAUAUAACCGUACCUAAUUUGCCAACAGUUAUCACAAAAGGAAAAAAAAGGAAACAUUCCCCCCUAAACAAAUUUUUACUUUUAUUGCCGUAAGUCAAGUUUUGUCAAAGUUCUUCUAGUCAUUAUUUAUUCGUUGUUGUAUAUUUUAUUUAUUGGCAAAGUAUGAUAAACCAGAUGAAUGGAAAGUAAAAAAAAUAAUAAUAUUAAUAAGUUAAGGAGAAAUCAUGUAACAAAUUCAUUCCGUACAAGUGCAAUCCCCCAUUAAUAAAAAUAACAAUA